CGGACGUUUAGGGGUGCCGGAUUCCGGACGGGCGGAGAUGCGAUCGGGAUCCACGCCCGAUCCCGGAGGCGCUGUGGGCGACGAGAGCCAUGGCACGGCACCGUCGGACUACCUUUCUGUGCCCCCAUCGCGGCUGCCCACAGACACAUCGCUGCCGCGGCUUCCCCCGUGGGCACCACCGCCGCGGCGUCCCCCGUGGGCACCGCCGCCGGACGUUUCGGGGUGCCGGAUUUCCAGACGGGCGGAGAUGCGAUCGGGAUCCACGUCCGAUCCCGGAGGCGCUGUGGACGACGAGAGCCAUGGCGCCGCAUCGUCGGGCUACCUUUCUGGGCCCCCACCGCGGCUGCCGACAGACACAUCGCUGUCGCGGCUUCCCCCGUGGGCACCGCCGCUGCGACGUCCCCUGUGGGCACCGCCGCUGCAACGUCCCCCGUGGGCACCGCCGCCUCGGCGUCCCACGUGGGCACCGCCGCCGCCGGACGUCACGCUCAACACGCAACCACCCCAAUCCCCUCCUCCUCCGCCGCCGGAUACCUCGGGGUGCCGGAUUUCCGGACGGGCGGAGAUGCGAUCGGGAUCAACGUCCGAUCCCGGAGGCGCUGUAGGCGACGAGAGCCAUGGCGCAGCACCGUCGGACUACCUUUCUGUGCCCCCAUCGCGGCUGCCGACAGACACAUCGCUGUCGCGGCUUCCCCCGUGGGCACCGCCGCCGCGGCAUCCGCCGUGGGGAAGGAAGCCGACGGAUGGAAGGACACCCAGCGCAUCGCCACCGCAGCAUCCCGAAAGGCAGCCGACUAACCUGAAGCGUUCACAAAACUUCAACUCUGACUCGGAGCCGACGCCGGAGAAAAGGACGGAAACCUCGUGCAUCCCCAUUGCAGAGUCCUCCGCUACCCGCCCAGCAGUUGAUAAUACGCCAACAACAUCGGCGAAGAGGAGGAGAAGAGAACCAAUCAUGUCGAAGAGCAGGAAGAAGGUUCUGGAUGAUGGCAUGGGCCGAGAGGAGGCAGCACAAGAGCACCAACUGGGUGAGGGCGUGGUCCGAGAGGAGGUAGAAGUAGAACAAGAGGAGAUGGGCUCGGACUCGGAGUCCUCCGCAUGCAGCUCCCCGCUCCGUGAGCCGCAGCCUCCACUCGUACCUAUCUGGACGAGUCCUGCCGGGGAAGUGUACCACGGCUUAACUCGUGAUCGAGCGGCUUUGAACAACUACAACCACGCUUAUCGCAAGUAUGAGGAGAAGCAAGCUCGUCAAGAAAAAUUACUGACACUUAGGCCAUCUCACUCUGUUUCAAGUAUUAUGGAGUGUUAUAGUCCAAAACAGAAGAAGACAUUUCUAAGAGUUGCCAAAUCAGUCUUGAAACUUUCAGCCUACCUUGAUGACAAAGAAAUUAAUCAGUGCACCGGUCUGAUUCUUGAGUGGGAUGAAGUAAAGGGAUCCGGUAUCAUUCUCACUUCAGCCUGGCUCAUUUGCACGAAGAAAACAUUUGAUGAUUGGUCGGAGAAGGAAUAUGCUCCCGAGGCGAAGGUCAUGGUUCACCUUUUUGAUGGCUCAACUUUAGAAGGUCAAUUGCUAUACUUCAGCGAGCAUUAUGACAUUGCCUUCUAUAGAGUUUCUGGAGGCUCGCACUUGCAGAUUUCACCCCUGGAAACCAAUUUGGAGUAUGAACAGAACUUAUGUGUGCUAGCCAGGGAUAAGAAGAUGGAUUUGAUUUGUAAGACGGUCCAAGUGAAGUAUUUAGACCCAUGUGAAUAUCAACAUAAUCACUAUCUAUUCAUCAGCGAUUCUAUUCCUAAGUGCGGAAGUGGAGGUGCAUUGACAGAUUUUAAUGGAAAACUUGUGGGGCUGCUAUUUAGCAUGCUGCCACUUACUGCUUUCAUUCCAAGUUCUCUCAUUCUCAAGUGUUCAGGAUUGUUGAGAAAAUUCGGGCGACUUGCUCGACCCCAGCUUGGCUUCAAGCUGAGGACAGUGGGUUUUUUAGACACGUCACAUAUUGAGUCUCUGUCCCGUAACUACGGUGUCACCUCUGGUCUCAUCGUAGGAGAGGUUUCGGCAGAAUCUGUUGCAGAGAGACUUGGCAUUAGAGUUGGUGAUGUUAUUCUUUCAUGCCAAGGAGAGAGUCUUUCAAGUGUAACUCAGUGGGAAGAAAUACUACUCGGUAUUGGCGAAAGGCAUCUUGAAAAGAGCAAUGAUCUCAGCUUGAAAGUUGAUGUUGAGGUUGGUGUAUUUCUUGUGCGCAAGCGUACCCAGAGAGUCAUCCAUUUAACUGUGGAAUUGUCUGAUGGUAUUGAAGUCUUUCACUCAGGGUCGUAGCAGCUUUGAUAGGGCGGCAUGUUAAUGCAGGACACGAGUUGCUUCGCAACGAUAACUGAUGUCUCUUCCCAAGUCCAUAUAAUACAUUCUUAUGGUAGAUGAAUAAGCUAGAUGCACAAAUGUUUGCGGUAAUCAAUGUACCUUGCAAAUCAUAUUUGUGUAUAUUCCAAAAAUACUGCUGUUAAGUUUUUUUAGGCGGAUAUUUGUGCACUGCUAUACAAGCCACGUGCUAUCAUGGCCAUGUAUCAUGCCUUAUGUCUUGCGGCUUGCGGUGCAAUCAGAUGUACCA